CAUCAUCCCUACUCUCUGAAAACCAAACCCGAAUAAGUUAAUAUCGAAGCCAAACAUGCCUUCAUCGCGGUUUCUCUCGGGGCUCGCCAUCGCCAUCGUAACCCUGGUCCUCCCAGUCCUUGGCCAGGUCUCCACGCCGUGUUCCCCGGCAAUGAUCUCGAGCUUCACUCCCUGCUUCAACUUCAUCACCAACAGCAGCGCCAAUGGCACCAUCUCUCCCUCCACUGACUGCUGCAGUUCCCUCAAGUUGCUCGCCAACACCAGCGUGAGCUGCCUGUGCCUCAUCAUGACUGCGAACGUGCCCAUCCAACUCCCCAUCAACCGGACGCUCGCCAUCUCCCUGCCCCGUGCCUGUAACAUGCCCGGUUUGCCCGUCCAAUGCAAGGCCUCUGGUGCACCAAUUCCCGCUCCAGGUCCUAUGGCACUUGGUCCGACUUCUUCCGCUCCGGGAGCUUCUCCAACUGCUAGUCCCACUGCAUCAGCACCAGCUCCCGUUCCCGAAGUCGAGCCACCGCCUGCUCUGCCACCAGUAUCGGACACUCCACCUGUACUGACCCCACCAUCGCCUCCAGCGACCUCGACAACCCCAGGUAGCCGCCCAGUGGUGAAUCCACCGGCGGCUUCCGGUGUUACUCAUGUCCCUUCCCCGACAUUAUUUCUACCAGUUACGAUAUUAGGAUCUCUUAUGAUGAAAUUUUAUUAGGGAGCAUUUGGGAGGUAGAUUUAUUCCUCCAUUAUGUUCUAUUCUUACUUAAAUUAUGGUUUGAUAGGAUGAUUCUUUUGGGGCGUUUGUUAAUACUAUUUGGGGCCACAUUCGGCCGAUUAUUCACCCAAUAAGUUGAGAUAUUCACUUCCGUUGUGUAUAAGUUCUGGUAUUUGAGUUGGUAUUUGUAUUCGUCCUUUUUUCUACAUUAAUAAAAUAAUUCGUUUGGCCUAGUUAAAAAAAA